AGCAUGGCUCAAUAUGUACUUACCAGUAAGUUGUCAAUUGUGCAGCUGAAAGAAAGGACUGAAGGAUACAAGGAGAAUUUAAUUAUUGGAUUUUAAAAGGCACUCUACCUCUUCACUCUACUCUCUUUAGAAAUGGAUGAUAAAAUAGUGCCAUGCUAAUCCAGCAAAGAAAACAUUUUAAAUUAAAAAAAUUAACCUACUGGAUUCAUAGAAAGCACUGCUGUUUAUGAAGGAGGAAGCACUUCUGACUAACUUGUCUCUUAAAAUAACUUUAAGUAACAUUGGCCAUGUUAAAACCAAAACAGAAUUCUGAUUAACAAGUUAAUGCAGAAUCUGCCUGAAAAUGCUGGUAUCAUAUCUGGAUGUGUUUUGACUCCCAAAAGAACAUAUUGACAUAAGUACAGACUGGUCCCAACCUUGGGAUAGAAACCAGCUAGGUUUGGAGGAGGAAGAGAAAUUGGAGACGAUGACAUUGGACAAAAUCUUAAACGUUCUACUUUCUUGCAUUGCUCCCACCAAAGGCAGAUGAUACGGUUGGAAGAACACAGCUUUAUCUGUGAACUUUAAACACAGAAAAAACUCUGCAGCCAGCAAGAACUGAAAGACUUGGCCUACCAUGGACAUUGUGCAGCUGGACAAUGAGGAUAGUUUUCAUCCAUCUUCUGAAUGAUUCGACCGUAAUUCAAGAGGAGGUUCAAACCGCAAUAUCACAGCUCAACUUCUACAAAUUCAGGGAUUCUCUUUCCUUGCUUUAGCACAAUUCUCUUGGUGAACUGUGCAGAGUUUCACAAACAAUUGCAGAUGCUUUCCGCGUUAGACGAUGUCUAUCAUGUUACAGGGAUACUUAAACUGCCUUUUGCUGAAAUAGAAGAGCCCUUUGAAGCCUGGUACAACAAGACUGGAAGAAAAAGUCGGAUCCAGUAUUAUGAUGGCCAAGUUAUCACUUACCAGUUAGGCAAUGUAAAACCUUUUGGAGUCAGCUUCAAGGUAACCCCAGAAACCACUGAAACAAAGGUCAACAUUAAGAAAUGCUUUCAGAUCAAUGGAACAUCUGAGAAUCCCAUUGUGCCUCAAAGAGUUUUUCCUAACUUAACAGGCUUCCAGCCUGUGCGGCAGGAGCUUUACAAGGGACAGCACUGCACGGUCUUGAAGAGUGUAUCCUAUUGGGGUAAGAAGAAGAACACCUACAAGUUGUGGCUGGCAGAUAGUUCCCACGGGCCUCUGCCGGUGCACUAUGAAAUGAAAGGCUUCAACUCUCUGCUGGGUUCUCACUAUGACAAGUAUGAGAUAGAUUAUAUCAGCUACUCCCACAGUUUCUCACCCGACGUCUUCAAUCUUCCUUCCAAUAUGAAGUGUACAUACUGGCCAAAAGUAGGACCAGAGCAUAGGAUCUUGGCCAAUCCAAUGCAGGAAUUUGUUGGGAGAACUGGAGAAGUCAGCCAAGACCAUGAGCAUCUGUUUCAUCACUACAGGAAAAAAUUCAGAAAAGUCUACAAGAGCAAAAAAGAGACAGAACACCGGCGACACAACUUUAUCCACAACAUGAGGUAUAUCCACUCCAAGAACCGGGCCAACCUCUCCUUCAAACUGGCGGUGAACCACUUGGCAGAUCGAACACCAGAAGAGAUGGUCGUGAUGAGGGGGAGGCUACGGACUGAUGAACCCAGUAAAGGGUGGCCUUUCCCAUCUGACAGCUAUAAUGGCCUCACCUUGCCAGAGAGCUUAGAUUGGAGGCUUUAUGGGGCAGUGACACCAGUUAAAGACCAGGCAGUGUGUGGAUCCUGCUGGAGCUUUGCCACAACGGGAGCUCUGGAGGGGGCCCUCUUUCUCAAGGCAGGAAUGCUCAUCCCCCUGUCUCAGCAAAUUCUGAUCGAUUGUUCCUGGGGUUUUGGAAACCGUGCUUGUGAUGGUGGCCAGGAACCACGUGCAUAUGAGUGGAUUAUGAAGCACGGAGGGAUUGCCAAUGCUGAGUCCUAUGGGCCAUACAUGGGUCAAAAUGGCUACUGUCACUACAACCAAUCAGAGCUGAUAGCACCGGUCUCUGGAUAUGUCUUUGUUGCCUCCCAGAACAUCACGGACCUUAAGGCUGCUCUGUACAAGCAUGGUCCUGUCGCAGUGAACAUUGAUGCCUCCCACAAGUCCUUUGCCUUCUACUCCAGUGGCAUCUACUAUGAGCCUAACUGUGGAAAUAGAAGCAUGGAGUUAGAUCAUGCUGUCCUAGCUGUAGGGUAUGGAGACCUCCAAGGCGAACCCUACUGGCUCAUCAAGAACUCUUGGUCCACAUAUUGGGGCAAUGAUGGCUAUAUCCUCAUGUCCAUUGAGAAGAACGACUGUGGGGUGACUGCUAGUGCCACCUAUCCAAUCCUGGCCUAACAGUGAAGGCUGUCAACCAAGAACAUGUUCACCAAAAGACAUCUGGUUGUAUUGUAUUAGAAAGCUCCAUAGCAAAAGGUCCUCCUUUUACAAAUCAUUCAGCUGAGCCACCUAAAUGUGAGUGCAACAGAAACAUCCAUGCUGCAAAAUGCUAUUGUAUUGCAAGGAGGAAGCUGAAGACCGAAUGUGUGUGCACUUAUCUUAACCUAUCCUUUCCCCUAGCUUUUUGAAUCUGGGUAGUACAACCAUUCAGACUACUGUACAGCAUCCUUUCCCUUGAUUGGCAGGGACAGAAAAUGGAAGGGAAAAACAUAUUAUACCACCAAAAAUUCCAUUUCUGAGAACAGAAUAAAUUACAUGUGGCAAAGAAAUAUGAGUUAUUUACAUUGCUGAUGAUUCCUGAGUAAGAUUGUAAGAUAUAAGUGGCUACUAUGCAAAAAGCUGAUAAUUCUCAAUCAGCACUAGCAUGCAGAGGCUUUAUUUUUCUUAAUACCUCUGCAUUUGAAUGAAAACAACCAGGAGGUUCUAUUCAAGUUCUAUUUAAUGGAUUUACUGACUUUGCUGCACAUGUUGUGUUAUGCACAUUGUGGUUUGCAAACUGUGGUUUCUGGUGGUUUAAAAUCUCUUGCAAACUUAACCAAUGAUGGCAUAUUUAUAAACCACAGCUAAACAAAUAAUGGUUAGUGUUACAUGUGAAGCCAAUCAAUUAAA